ACCGGGUCCACCACCAUGGCGAUCCGGUUUGCGGUGGUUGCCCGCGGCAGUACCGUCCUGGCGAAACAUGCGUGGUGUGUCGGUAAUUUCCUGGAGGUGACAGAACAGAUCCUAGCGAAGAUACCCUCCGAGAACAACAAGCUCACCUACAGCCAUGGCAGCUAUCUCUUCCACUACAUCUGCCAUGACCGAAUCAUUUACCUCUGUAUCACUGAUGAUGACUUUGAGCGGUCACGCGCGUUCAGCUUCCUGGGAGAGGUGAAGAAGCGUUUCCAGACCACGUAUGGUUCCAGAGCUCAGACAGCUCUUCCCUACGCAAUGAACUCAGAGUUCUCCUCCACUCUGAUGGCUCAGAUGAAGCACCAUUCGUGUCCUCCAUCAGAUCGCCUGGCUGAGACUCAGCUGCAGGUUGACGAUCUGAAAGGCAUCAUGGUGCGUAACAUCGACUUGGUGGCUCAGAGGGGAGAGAAGUUGGAGUUGCUGAUUGAUAAAACAGAGAACCUGGUCGGCUCAUCGGUGAGUUUUAAGACCACCAGUCGUAACCUGGCCAGAGCUAUGUGCAUGAAGAACCUCAAACUGACUGUCGUCGUCGUGGUGGCGGUGGCACUGGUGGUCCUGUAUGUAGUUUUGUCUGCAGCCUGCAGAGGACUCAGCUGGCCCGACUGCAUCAGGAAAUAAGAGAGGGCGAACGGGGGGAGGACGAGGAGAGAGGGGGAGGAAAAGAGGAAGCAAGAGAAAGAAGACAAGACAGCGGACCCACAGGGAAAAGAAUCCCUCUCCUCUUGUCUUCCAGUCAGCAGGGAGGACAGUAUCUUCUAUUGGACAGGAUGGUGACACCACAAGGCAUCCAGAUAGUGGAGAUUUAACAAUGUUGGGAUUGUCUUGCUUUCUGUUCCUAAACAAGAGAAUGAGGUGUGUUUAUCUGUCCAAAGACUUGUGAUUGUUGGAUAUGCAGCCUGAAGAUAUUGUGCUAGGUGAAUUCAGGAAGUCCUCCAGACCAUGGUCCUCUCACCCAGGGCUCUACAGGCCUAACAGCUGUCCUCCAGUCCAGACCACGGUCCUCUCACCCAGGGCUCUACAGGCCUAACAGCUGUCCUCCAGUCCAGACCACGGUCCUCUCACCCAGGGCUCUACAGGCCUACCAGCUGUCCUCCAGUCCAGACCACGGUCCUCUCACCCAGGGCUCUACAGGCCUAACAGCUGUCCUCCAGUCCAGACCACGGUCCUCUCACCCAGGGCUCUACAGGCCUAACAGCUGUCCUCCAGUCCAGACCAUGGUCCUCUCACCCAGGGCUCUACAGGCCAAACAGGUGUCCUCCAGUCCAGACCACGGUCCUCUCACCCAGGGCUCUACAGGCCUAACAGCUGUCCUCCAGUCCAGUCCAUGGUCCUCUCACCCAGGGCUCUACAGGCCUAACAGCUGUCCUCCAGACCAUGGUCCUCUCACCCAGGGCUCUACAGGCCUAACAGCUGUCCUCCAGUCCAGACCAUGGUCCUCUCACCCAGGGCUCUACAGGCCUAACAAACAGCUGUCCUCCAGUCCAGACCAUGGUCCUCUCACCCAGGGCUCUACAGGCCUAACAAACAGCUGUCCUCCAGUCCAGACCACGGUCCUCUCACCCAGGGCUCUACAGGCCUAACAGCUGUCCUCCAGUACAGUCCAUGGUCCUCUCACCCAGGGCUCUACAGUCCUAACAGCUGUCCUCCAGUCCAGUCCACGGUCCUCUCACCCAGGGCUCUACAGGCCUAACAGCUGUCCUCCAGUCCAGACCACGGUCCUCUCACCCAGGGCUCUACAGGCCUAACAGCUGUCCUCCAGUCCAGACCACGGUCCUCUCACCCAAGGCUCUACAGGCCUAACAGCUGUCCUCCAGUCCAGUCCAUGGUCCUCUCACCCAGGGCUCUACAGGCCUAACAGCUGUCCUCCAGUCCAGACCACGGUCCUCUCAUCGUGCUGUAGAGGGAUGGCCAACCCAGGUCCUGGAGAGAUACUGGCUGUGCAGGCUUUUGCUCCAACCUUACCCCUCUCCAGCUCCAGAUUGUCGUCCCCAGUCAGUCCAGCAGAUUAAGCCACUGGACCAGCAUGCAUCUGUACCUAGACAUUUAGAUGUCAGUAAUAUGUCUCUCUGUGUACCUGUAAGUAGGGCUGGGCGAUAUGGCCAAUACAUCAUAUCAUGGUAUUUUUCACA